UUUAAAUUUAAUCCAGUCUGACACCUCAAAAAAUAAACAAACUCCAGAAAAGAAAAUUUUAAUUAAUCCAACACAAAACAAGUCAAAAGACCACACAAAGAUAGCACCAAAAAAUUCAAAAACAAAUCAACCGCAAAUAAUCAUGCGAAAAAAUUUUUACGGAUUACACACAACACACUCAAGGCUAAGCCCUUUGGGGAGGAUUGCGCGCGAUUUAAUGAAAAAAGUUUUGAAAGCAAAAGGAAAGCACGAAAAGGAUGUUGUUCCAUGGCAAAAAACAGUUGAAAGACUUCGUGAUAGUGCUAAACGAAGGAAGGAAAUUAAAAAGAAUUUUGAGGAGGGGGAUAGUCCUGAACUUGGGCAUUUGACUUAUAGAGGCUUGAAACGGCAAGGAGCAUUUGGGGAGGUGGAGGAUGAUGUGAGUUAUUAUAAUCAGUGUUAUCUUUGCUCUGAAGCACUUCAGAAACCGAAACAUUUAAAUUUUAAGUUCAGCAAAGCUUAUAAUCUGAGGGCUGAGGGUCUUAUUCUAGGAAUCUGA